AUGGUCCGCCUCAAACACCGCUAUCUUCUCUUCAACAUUCUCUACCCGACCCCGACCCCGACCACUACUUCCACCGCCAACUUCAACACCAACACCACCGACGCCUCCUACCUCCUCUUCGCCCGCCCCAGCCCGACGCACCUUACAGCACAGCUCCUGCUCCACACACUACGCAGCACCAUCAGCCAAGUAUUCGGCGAGCAUGGCCUGGGCACCACCCAGGCCGGGUUGAAGGUGGUGUACUUCUCGCCCAGCACGUCGACGUGCAUCCUACGCGUGACCCGCCCGUAUUUCAGACUGGUCUGGGCGAGUUUGACCUAUAUGGACAGUAUUCCUGGGCCUAGUCCACACAAGGGUGGUAGCAAGGGAUAUAAGCCCAAUUCCAAUACCGACACGAAGUCCAACCCCAACUCUAACUCCAAUGCCAAUUCCAACACCAACACCAACGACGGUGUGCGGUGCGUCGUGCGCGUGGUCAGAGUAAGUGGGACGAUCAGGAAGAGUGAGGAAGAAGUGUUGAGGCGCGCGAGGGCCCAGAUCGUGCGAGCAAAGAGAGAAGGGCGGUCGGUCGACUCUGAAAACGAUGGUGUCGAAUCAUCCACAUCCUUGCUGCUGGACGGCUUGAUCGGGAAGAGUCAAACUGCGAGGGCGAGCGUGUCAAGGGCCCACACCGCCGCCACUUCGACGGGGUCGAUGGCGGGAGCCGCACAAGAUGAAGAUGAAGGGAUCGAAGAUCUCGAUGACGAAGAUUACGACCUGGAUGAUUUAUCGGAUUAA